AUGACCUCCCGCCCGACGCCUCCAGAGUCACCUCAGGAUACGCGCGCCUUCGCAGAUGCCGUAGCUAGCAACCCUUCUGAAUGGUUUCACUUCUGUCAACAGGCAUACGCCUACAUGGAAUCCCAAGACACCCAGAUUGCGAACCUCACCGAUCACAUAGCUGCACUAGACGAGAAAACAGCCACCCUCGAAACCAAGAUCAUCGAGGAGAGCGCGGCUAACCGGAACCUUCUUGCUUAG